AUGGCAAGCUGUAACACAAUUGAUGAUAAGACUAAUGAAUGUAAGGAUAGUAUAAGUGAAGUUAAGAAAAGUAUCCUAAUAAACUGUAUUAAAGAAAAGGAUAUAAUAGAAAGUUCUUGUAGGAGUAAUAUAUAUGAAACUAAUAUAUUAGAAGAGUUAUUUAUUUUAAAUAAAAAGAAAAAGAAAUUUGUAGGAGAAAAUGAAGCAUGGGAUGUUAUAUCAAAUAUAUCUAAAUAUUCUUCUGAUAAUCAUAAAGAAACAGAAAAAAAAAAAUUAUUAUUAUGUUUUGGUAAUAAUAAUUUUGGUCAGCUAGGAUUAGAAGAUAAUGUUUCUAUUGGUUUGAUAGAUUUUUCUACCAUCAUGAUAAAUAAAUGUAAAAGAUUAUCCUUUUAUGAUAAUUAUAAUAAAAAAUUUAAGAAAAGUACAGAUAAAUCUUCUGUAGUAAAAAAUAAGAAAAAGAAUAGUAAUAGUAAUAAUAGUAAAAAGAAGAGUAUGUGUUCUUCGCUAUCUACAAAUAAAAGACAUUCACGUAUUUCUCUUAGUAAUAAUGAAUUGUAUAAUGAAAUAUUGACGAAACUUCCAAGUAAUUUUGCUUUGAAAACCAUAAGAAAAAAGAAAAAACUUACAAAUGGUGAUGAUAAAAAUAAUACAAACGAGCAUGAUAAUAAAAAUAAUACAAACGAUGAUGAUAAUAAAAAUAAUACAAACGAGGAUGAUAAUAAAAAUAAUACAAAUGAGGAUGAUAAUAAAAAUAAUAAUACAAACGAUGACGAUUAUGAUGAUGAAAAAUGGGAUGGUGGGAAUGAAAUUUAUAAUCUUAGGUCAUCAAAGGUUGCUAAGAUUCCAAAAAAGAAAAUGAUAGAACCAAUAUUACUAAUGGAUCCAAUGCAAAGAAGAGAAUCCAUAAAUAAGUUAGAACCGUUAAAUAUAAUAGAUCCUAUAAAUAUUAUGGAUACAUUAAAAAGGAGAGAGUCGUUCAUAAGAAGAGAGUCGCUCAUAAGAAGAGAAUCUAUAAAUAUUUUGGAAUCAAUAAAUAUAAUGGAUGUAUUAAAAAGAAGAGAAUCUAUAAGAAGACGAGAUUCUAUAAUGAUAAAUACAGCAGAUCAACUUAAUCUUUUUCAGAAUGAAGAUAUUAUAAAAUCUAAAUAUAAUAAUAUAAUAAAUAAUGCUUGUAAUCAUAAUAAUAGUGUAAAUGAUUCUAUAAAUUCAUUAAAUACUAAUGAUAAUGAUAAAAUAGAAAAUGUACCUGUCUUCUUUUCAGAAAAUGAAAAUAACUGUAAACAAAAAUAUAUAGAAAAAUUUAGUCAAUAUGAUAAUUAUUUAAAAGUAGAUGAUUGUUAUGAUAAUAUGGGGAAUUUUAUAAAUGCUGAUCAUUAUCGUAAUAUGGAAAAUUGUCAAAAUUGUGGAAAUUAUCAAAACAGUGAAUAUUAUCAUAGUGAUGAUCAUUAUCAACAUGGAGAUUAUUAUCAUCGUGAUGGGAACUAUGAACAUGAUGAAACUUGUCAUGCUAAUAUUUUAUAUGGUUAUAAUAAUAACAACAAUAAUAAUAAUAAUAUCAACAAUAACAAUAAUAAUAAUAUUAAUAAUAAUAGAUUAUUGAAAAAGAGUAUGGCAAAAAAUUGCAAAAAAAAGAAUGUUUUAUUUUUUAACCCCAAAAUUAUAAAAUGUGGUAAAUACCAUUCAGGUGCUGUAAGCGAAAAUGGUUUGGUGUGUUUAUGGGGUCUUAAUUCUUAUGGGCAAUUAGGCGUGAAUUCUAAGAAAUCUAUAUAUACUUGUUAUAAAAAAAUGAAGGUGAAAUUAUCAGAUGAAAAAAAAAAAAAUAAAAUAGUUAUACAUAAAAAUAAUAAGAGUAAUACUAAAAUUCUUAAUUGUCCUCCUUCUAUUAUAAAAAAUGAGAAGACUAUAACAUUACCAUAUAUUUAUAAAUUAAUCCCUUUGAAAUAUUUUGGUUAUAAACAUAAAAUCAAAAAUAUUAGUUUAGGUUCUUUUCAUACAUUAUUAUUAACAUAUGAUGGUUAUGUUUUUACAUUUGGAUGUAAUAAAAGAGCUCAGCUAGGAUUACCGAACCAUUAUAAUAAAAAGGUAUCUUAUACAAGCAAACCUUUUAUGUUACCUAUAUAUAAUAAUCCGAAUAAUAUGUUUACAAGGGCACAGAAAUUUUAUGAUAAUGAUAUUAAUCAUGUUGUUCAUGAUGGUGUUCACGAUGGUGUUCACGAUGGUGUUCAUGAUGGUGUUCAUGAUGGUGUUCAUGAUUGUGUUCCUAAUAUUGCUCAUGAUGAUGUUAAUGAUGAUAAAAAUAGAAAAGAUAAAAAACAUUAUCAUAUGAAAAAGAAACCAUUUCCAAACUAUACUCCUGAUAAUGAAGAAAGACAGAAAAAAAAUAAUUUUUAUUUCACUACAAAAUCUAUCUAUGCAAAAAUCGAACAUCCAAUUAUUUUUAUAACAUGUGGAUCUUAUAACAGUGCCGUUAUUGAUGCUAAUAAGAAAUUAUGGAUGUGGGGAUGGAAUGAAUAUGGUCAAAUCGAUGAUACGUAUAUAAAUGAAAAAAUAAAACGUAUUAAAAGAAAAAGAAAAAAAAUGGAAGCUCAAAAAUCUGUGUCCUUUACAAAAUCGAUUAGUGAUACCUUAAUGAAUUUGCCAUUUAUUAAAGGGCUAGCCGAUAGUUUCACUUUCUCAAAAAAAAAUGAGAAUAAUAAAUAUUCUUCUUGUGAUGAAAAAUAUCAAAAUCAUAAAAAUCAUGAAACGGAUGAAGGAUCCAAUCGAUUGUAUUUUUCUGAUGCAUGUUCAUCGAAUGAAAAAAAAAAAUCAAAAAAACAGAACGUCGUGAAAAGAAAUGAGGAUGUGGACAAGCAAAAUGACGAAGUAAUGAAAAAAAAUAAUGAUAAAUUAAAGGGAAAUGAUAAGAUGAUAAAAAAGAUACAUCAUGAUAAAUAUGAUGUUAAUAAAUAUAAAGAUAAUAAAUAUAAAGAUAAUAAAUAUGAUGUUAAUAAAUAUAAAGAUAAUAAAUAUGAUGUUAAUAAAUAUGAUGAUAAUAAACAUGGUGAUAACAAACAUGGUCAUAAUAAAUAUAAUGAUAAUAAAUAUAAUGAUAACAAACAUGGUGAUAAUAAAUAUAAUGACAAACAUUAUAACAAACAUUAUGAUGAUCAUGAUGAUGACCAUGAUGAUGACCAUGAUGAUAAAAAGAAAAAAAAAAGUGAAAGAACCAAAUUUAGCAAUAAAUAUGUUAACAUACCAAGAAAGAUAAAUAUAAAGAAUAGUAAAAUUCUUCAAGUUAGUAUAGGGAAAUAUCAUAGCUUAUGUUUAACACAAGAUAAAUGUGUUUAUGUAUGGGGUUAUUUAAAAAAUAAAAAACAUAUGAAUAAAAAUGAAUAUUAUGAUAUGGAUGAAGAAGAAAAAGAAGAAGAAGAAAGACGAAGACGAAGAAGAAAACAAUUAUAUGAAAUUAAUAAUUAUAUAGAUGAUGAAGAAAAUUCGGAUGAUAGAAAUAAUAAAAAUCAUACAUAUGAUUGUAAUGAUAAAACAGAAUAUUAUGAAGAUGUAACAACAAUUACUAAAAUAGAAUGUUUAAGUCAUUUAUAUAUAUCGGAUAUCAAUUCAUCAAGUACACAUACUAGUUUUGUUGCUCCUAUAAAAAGUGUAAAUAAAGAUAUUGAUGAAUGUAUAUGGGAAAUGGUUGAUCAAAAUAAAAAUACAAAAAAUAAAAAUAAAAAUAAUAAUUAUGUUAAUCGUUUUCAAUUUCGUGGAGGAGAAUCUUUCUCAGAAGAAAAUCAUAUAGGAAAAGCUGGUGACCGUUAUCGUAAUAAAUUAUUACAGAGAAAAGGCGAAGGAAAGAGUUAUAGUUAUAAAGAUAAUUAUUUUAAUAGAGGAGGAGAUAAUAUAUAUUAUAUAAAAUAUACUGAUUUGUAUAAAUUAUUAAAUAUUAAAAUGAAUGAUAAAGAUAAACUUUUAAUGAGAAAUGAUAACAUAUAUAAUAAUAUAUAUAAUAAAAAUGACAAAAGUAAAAAUAAUAAUAAUAAUAUGUAUUAUAUUAACAACAAAUAUCAUGUUAGUAAUACAAACAUUAUUAAUAAUAAUUAUUAUACUCAUAAUAAUUUAAUGGAUUAUUUUAAAAAUAAAAAAAUAAUCAAUAAUUACAAUAAUAGCAACAAUAAUAAUAAUAAUAAUAAUAAUAGGAAUAAUGAAUUAUGCAAAUUAGACCAUAUAUUAAAACCUUUACUUCUAAGUACAAAUAAUAAAAAUAUGCAUUCAUUAAAUACUUUACAAAUAUUUCAAGUGUCUAUGGGAAAGAACUUUGCCGUCAUUUUAACGUCCUCUCCUUCUAUAAAUAAAAUAUUAAAUAAGAAAAAAAUAGAUUACAUAAAUAAUAUAUGCUCAUUAGAUGUAUUAAGAGAUAAAAUACCAGAACGAAAUAUAUUUGUUAUAGGAAAAGGAGAUUUUAAUCAAAUUUUGUUACCUCAAAAUUGUAAACAAUCAUCUAUACCUAUAUAUUUAGAUAAACAUAAAUUAAUUUAUCAUGUUCUAAGAGUAAAUAAAAAAUAUAACUUUCUAAAUUCAUCUAAUAGAAAAAAAUAUUCGGAUCAAAUUAGUUAUAAUAGUAAAUUAUUUAAUUUAAAAAAAUAUCAUGAAAAAAUUAAAGAAAAUGUAAAUAAUAAUAGUAGUUUUAUAUAUAACGAUCUAGGACAUCAUAAAUUUUCUCUUAUUCUCUCUCCUAAUAAAAAAAGCUCUUCAGGAACAUGUAAAAUCAAUUCGUAUUCUUCAAAUUGGGGUAGUGCACUCAGAAGAAAAAAAUCCAUGUCCGGAGUACAUACAUAUAGUGAUAGAGCUAGCCAUCAAAUACUUAACUUUAAAUUAAGCAAAACAUUUAAAAAAUUUUCUUUAGAAAGAGAAAAAUGGUAUUUUUCGGACAGGGACAAAGUCGAAGAAGGAGAUAAUUCAAGUAUCAUAAAAUUAAAGUGGGGUGUAGAUACCAACGAAAAUGAAAGUAUUAAAAGAGAAAGCAUUAAAAGGGAAAGUAUUAAAAGAGAAAGUAUUAAAAGAGAAAGUAUUAUAAAGAUGGGAAGUGAACCUAUUCAUAAAAAAAAUAACGAUGAUAAUAAUAGUACUUGUGCUGUUCGUAAAUCAGCUAGUAAUAGUGUUCAAAUUAUAGAAGUCGAUAAAAACAAAAAAAAAAAAAAAAAAAAAAAUCAUAUAAAUUUAUUUAAAAUUCCAAACUUUUUUAUGACUACAUCGAACGAGCUAAGUGAGGUCAGUAUGCAAAGUUCACAGGAAUUAAAUUAUAAUAAACAAAAUAAAAAAGGUGAAAAAAAUGAAGAAGGUGAUGAAAAUAAUAAAGGUGAUGAAAAUGAAGAAGGUGACAAAAAUAAAGAAGGUGAUGAAAAUAAUAAAGGUGGUGAAAAUAAUAAAGGUGAUGAAAAUAAUAAAGGUGAUAAAAAUAAAGUAGGUGAUAAGAAAAAUAUUAGGAACGAUAAAAAUGCAGACACCGACUUUGUAACAAGUGUCCCCUUAGACGAAUUCAAUGAAUAUUCCUCCGAUAAUAAAUUAUUAAAUAAUUUUAGAUUAAGUAUAAAUGCAGAAGAAUCUAAGAAGAGCGAAACGUACGAUUUAAAUAACGAUUUCCAUAUAAACAUAUUAAAAAACAAUAUGAACAAUGCUAAUUUAUCAAAGGCUAGAAGUAGAGUUUCUUAUUCAUCACAAAAUAAAAGACGAUGUUCAUCAGGUAUUAAUAAAAAUGAUUUGGUACAAUCUAUGAUAUUUAAUGCUAUUGAUAAUAUAAAUGAAAAUUUAUAUAUGGAUAAUCCAAAACGAAAAAAAAAUUACGAACAUAUAGCAAAAAGUAAUGAAGUUAAAAUGAGAUUUAAAGUUUUUAAAAAAAGAAAUUCUUGUCUAUGGAAUUAUUUUACAUAUCAUAAACAUAGAAACCAAUAUACAUUCGAUUUAAAUUUAUCAAAAGAUAUAGUCAAUAUUAAUUUAUUAGACAUAUCUUGUGGUGAUUAUCAUUCCUUAAUACUCCUGGAGGUGGACAAAAUUGUAUAA